AUGGAGACGGAAAAGACAAAGAUGCUGCGUGGAGAAUUAUACUUUUCAAUGGAUGCAGCGUUGUUUAAAGAGCGUCAAAACACUCGCAAGUUAAUAAAGAGAAAUAAUGAACUGGAUGAAGCCGAGAGUCCCGAAGCCCUGACAAAACUAUUUGAUGCCAAAGGCAAAGAUUGCUUUAUUGAAAUGCCGUUUCGCUGUGGUUCUGGAUCCAAUAUUCGGCUGUAUACGGCCACCCAUCCACUAGGACCCAGGGCCCGAGCAUCUGGAUACGAACUGGGCAAACCGAUCGUUGUUGAAGACGACGGUGCAGUCAUUGGAGAUGGUAGUGUGGUGACGAAAAACGUGCCUCCAAUGUGUGUGUAUGCUGGAAACCCGGCCAAGUUUAUCAAGAAGAUCGAAGAAGAGUAA